AGUUCCUGCAGCCGGCCACUCAGUCAGAACUCCCAGAAGUGCCGGUGCCUCCACGGGACAUCUCCAGGUCGCUGCCCGAAGCUGACAGGGACGAGGCACCACGCAAGGGGUCCCAGGAGCAGACUCUCCCUGCCCCGCCGCCUGCUUGAGUCUUGCCUCUGAGCCUGGUCCUCCUGCACGAGGGAUUCUGGCCCUGGUCUGGGACAAGUCACCAGGUGCCCCCGCGACCUCUUUUUAUGACUCCGUCUGGCCUUGGCUGGCUGUGGGGACAGGCUCCGAGGGGCUGCUUGGGUCUGAGCGGGACUGCAGCCGGCUCUGCGAAUUCCACCUCGAAUGCUGGGAACUGAGCGCCAGGCUCUGUGGCCUCAACGGGGGCGUCAGGACUUGAUGGAGAACAAAGCCAUGUACCUGCACACCGUGAGUGACCGUGACACCAGCUCUGUCUUUGAAGAGCCCUUUGAUGGCCGGAGCCUGUCCAAGCUGAACCUGUGUGAGGAUGGUCCGUGCCACAAACGGCGGGUGAAUGGCUGCUGUACCCAGCUGGGCUCCCUGUCGGCCCUAAAGCAUGCUGUCCUGGGCCUCUAUCUGCUGGUCUUUCUGAUUCUGGUGGGCAUCUUCAUCCUAGCAGGUUGUUAUCUGGAAGUCAUGUUGGCCCCUGGGAGAAGCAUGGUGGGGAUGACAGUGUCCAGACCCCGCAGCUCCCCGGACGACCUGAAGGCACUGACUAGGAAUGUGAACUGGCUGAAUGAGAGCUUCCGGGACUUGCAGCUGCGGCUGCUGCAGGCCCCGCUGCAGGCCGACCUGACCGAACAGGUGUGGAAAGUGCAGGACGCGCUGCAGAACCAGUCGGACUCACUGCUCGCCCUGGCUAGCGCUGUGCAGCGGCUGGAGGGCACGCUGUGGGGGCUGCAAGAGCAGGCGGCGCAGACCGAGCAGGCGGUGGCCCUGCUGCGGGACCGCACGGGCCAGCAGAGCGAUGCGGCGCAGCUGGAGCUGUACCAGCUGCAGGUGGAGAGCAAUCGCAGCCAGCUACUGCUGGGGCGCCAUGCCGGCCUGCUGGACGGGUUGGCUCGCAGGGUGGGCGUCCUGGGCGAGGAGCUGGCGGAUGUGGGCGGCUCACUGCGCGGCCUCAACCACAGCCUGUCCUACGACGUGGCGCUACACCAAACGCGGCUGCAGGACCUGCAGGUGCUGGUGACCAACGCCAGUGAGGACACACGCCGCCUGAGGCUGGUGCACCUGGGCAUGGAGCUGCAGCUGAAGCAGGAGCUGGCCAUGCUCAAUGCGGUCACUGAGGACCUGCGCCUCAAGGACUGGGAGCACUCCAUUGCGCUGCGGAACAUCUCCCUCGCCCAAGGGCCACCAGGACCCAAAGGUGAUCAGGGGGAGGAAGGCAAGGAAGGAAAGACUGGCAUCCCUGGCCUCCCUGGCCUCCGAGGUCUUCCAGGCGAGCGGGGAACCCCAGGACUACCUGGCCCCAAGGGUGAUGACGGCAAGCUGGGAGCCACAGGCCCGAUGGGCUUGCGUGGGUUCAAAGGUGAUCGAGGCCCGAAAGGAGAGAAGGGAGAGCGAGGAGACAGAGCGGGGGAUGCCAGUGUCUUGGAAGUCCCUAUGGUCCGCUUGGUGAACGGCUCAGGCCCACACGAGGGCCGCGUGGAGGUGUACCAUGACAGGCGCUGGGGUACCGUGUGUGACGACGGCUGGGACAAGAAGGAUGGGGACGUGGUGUGCCGCAUGCUGGGCUUCCGCAGCGCAGAGGAUGUGUACCGGACAGCUCGCUUCGGGCAAGGCACAGGGAGGAUUUGGAUGGAUGACGUCGCCUGCAAGGGCACAGAGGACACCAUCUUCCGUUGCAGCUUCUCCAAAUGGGGGGUGACAAACUGUGGGCAUGCUGAGGAUGCCGGGGUCACAUGCAGCAGAUUCUAAAAGCAGGCAUAACCCGAGGACCCUGUCGCCAAGCCUCCUUCCUGCAUUUCUGGGGUGGGGCAUCACUUGGGGCUACCCUGGCCAUGCCUCUGCUCUGCCCAGUCCAGCCCCCCCAGUCCCCAUGGCCCUAUGCUAGGACUGUGGUGGCCUGUUGUCACUCUCCUUUUAGACAUCUGCUCCAAAGUGCUCUAUGGGAUCUACUGCCUGUCUCUCCUUCUGCUGGGUUUCCAAGUGAGGAGCCCUGGCCAGCGGGACCACCAGUUGGCUCAACCAUCUGGCCACCAUUCCUAGGGUCUCAGUAUCCAUGUUCUCUUCAGUCUCUUGGUAACAGAUGAAUGUCCAGAAGAUCUGAGAGACAAAGGCAGCUGCAGAGAUGGGAGGGAAUUAUGAAUCAUUUUCUCAGCAGAUAAUUUCCAAACCUCAGUUAGGCCAAGACAGUUUCAACAUCCACCUCCCCAGCAAGCGGUAAUCUUAAGGAACUUGGUGUCCUCUCUUUUUCUGCCUCUACACACUUGUGGAGGUGACACAGAGCGGGAAAAAUAGCUGUAGGAGCGAGAGGGAACCUGGAAUUUACUGAGUGACUACAGUGGUGUGCUGAUAGUAUCUUGGGUGCUAAAUUCAUUUAUCCACUUUGUCACGUUGGUACAAGGUACGUCAGUCUGGGUAAGAACCUACCUCCAGGUAGUACUCAACUGGCCCAUUCACCUGGCUCCCAAGUCAGAAGAUCAAGAAUGACUGAACCAAGGUGCCACCCACACCAUAGCAUGUCUUGGCUGGACUUUAGCUUGCAUGAUUAGAAAACUGAAUAUAGCAAACCCUGUGCCAUGUGUCUGCAAGGGCAGACACCAUGGGCCCCCAGGUCAACCACCCAAGCAGGGGCAGAGUGGAUUUGGAGGGUAACACGGAGGUCACCUGUGUCAACCUGAGUCCAUUGCUUAGUCACUGGGCACUCAGGGUUAACGCAAAGUGACUGUGUCUCAGAGCUGUUGGGAGCUGAUGGAGCAUCUUCCCAAAGUUUUUUACAGGAGUGAUGGAAGUCAGGAUUCCCUGUAACCUCCAAGGAGAAUAAAGGGCCAUGGGCCUCUGCAACUUUGUGACUUCGGCCCCUCUGAAUGUCAGGGAGAUCAUACUCUGCUGUUUACAUGAAGAGGGGUUGAACUGGGCUGUGUGUGAAUUCCAGACCUGGGGGAGCCACAUGGUAGUGAGUGGGUGCAGACACCUCACUUUGGGAGAAUCAAACUCGCAGUCGGGCCUCAGAUACAGGGUCACCGGUCACAUCAGGAGAGCAUCAUUCUGCCCGGACAAAGUGGGGCCUGUGCCCCUGCAGCCAUAGGUCCUGCAAAGAUUUUGGCUGACAACCAAGCCAAUACAUGCUCUCAGUCAUUCUUUGCUUACAGUACGCUUGUGACUAAUGUUCUAAUGACCCAACUCCUUCUGACCCAUUGCUAUGUUUACGUAAUGCGCAUGUACUCAUGCAUUUCUUUCAGAGCCAAUAUAUGUAUGUAUAUAUAAACAUAGCACUCUUCACUACAUAGCUCAGCACUUGCAAAAUUUGUGUUAGGAAAAUACCAAAGGUGGAAAAAUGUCACUUUAAAAAUCAUCAACUUGGUUGUGGUAAAGAACCUAGUUAUGCUACCAAUGAGAAGACAUAUGAUUUCCUUACUUGGUCUUUUCAUUUAGGAAAGCCCAAGUCUUGUUUAUGUCAAAUACAAACAAUAUUGAAAUGUUAAAAUGUUUAAAUCUUUAAAAUAAAAGUCGACUAGUUUACAUACCGAUCUAAGAGGACAUGGAGAUGACCAUGGUCCUGUAUUUCAGGGACUAGAGGAAUCAGGCCUGGCCUAAGUACACCAGACCUUUGUAAAAAAGAAUUUCAAUAAAGUGGAAAAUGUGUUAAUAACAA